AUGGCUAGAGCAAGCAGAAUAGCUUUAGACAUGGCUUUGGAAACAAGUAAAAUAUUGAAACCUGCUUUAGGAACAGCGUGGCAAUAUGCAAAAACUGAAAUUGUUCCUCCUAUGACUUUAAAUUUCUUUCAUGGCCCUAAGGGAAAAAACUUAGAAGAUACCAUUUCUAAGGCAGCUGAUAACUUUAUAUCUGGAAUCCAAAAUAGAAUAAAUGAAAUAGAGGCAGAAAAAAUUAGAGAUUUAGAGCGUAAACAAGCUGCUGCAAAGGCAUUAAUAGAAAAGUUAAAAGCUGAGGCGAAAAGGAAAUCUGAAGAAGUGCAAAAAAAAGCUGCAGAUAUCGUAAAGAAGGCAAAAGAAGAAGCUCAGAAAAAAUCUCAAACUGCAACUAAGACAAUCUCUGAUGUUAAAAAGAUAGUAGAAGAUGGAAAGGAAAUAGCAAAGAAAGCAGUUAAUUUGACGAAAAGAAACCCACCUGCAAAACGCGAAAGUGAAAACAAGAAAGGUCCCCCAAAAACAACAAAAAAAUAG